GCUCCGCCCCCGUCGGGUGUUUGUGGUGGGGCUGCGGAGUCGCCGAUCCCGCCGGAAGCGCCAGGACAAUGGGGACCCGGGACGACGAGUACGACUACUUAUUCAAAGUGGUGCUCAUUGGGGACUCGGGCGUGGGGAAGAGCAACCUGCUAUCACGCUUCACCCGCAACGAGUUCAACCUGGAGAGCAAGAGCACCAUUGGCGUGGAGUUUGCCACCCGCAGCAUCCAGGUGGACGGCAAGACCAUCAAGGCGCAGAUCUGGGACACCGCUGGCCAGGAGCGCUACCGGGCCAUCACCUCCGCGUACUAUCGCGGCGCAGUGGGCGCGCUGCUGGUGUACGACAUCGCCAAGCACCUGACCUACGAGAACGUGGAGCGCUGGCUGAAGGAGCUGCGGGACCACGCUGACAGCAACAUCGUCAUCAUGCUCGUGGGCAACAAGAGUGACCUUCGCCACCUGCGGGCCGUGCCCACCGACGAGGCUCGUGCCUUUGCAGAAAAGAACAACUUGUCUUUCAUUGAGACCUCAGCAUUGGAUUCCACCAACGUGGAGGAAGCUUUCAAGAACAUCCUCACAGAGAUCUACCGCAUCGUGUCUCAGAAGCAGAUCGCGGACCGCGCAGCCCACGACGAGUCCCCCGGCAACAACGUGGUGGACAUCAGCGUGCCGCCCACCACUGACGGACAGAAACCCAGCAAGCUGCAGUGUUGCCAGAACCUGUGAGCGCCCUGCGCCCCCGCCCGAGCGGCCUGCGCGUCCUCAUCCUCCGCCCGCCCUGCCCCGCGCUGCGCUCCCCGGCCCCGCCCUCUCCGUCCCUCCGUGACCGUGACCGGCUCCUGCCUUCACAUCCAGCUCCGCAUGGCUGGCGGGGGCCCAGGAAGAACAGGAGUUGAGUGGCACCUGCUCUCCUGCUCGAGGAAAGCCAGACGCCCGGGUCGCCACGCCUGCUUUUCUGGGGUCCCGGCGUGCAUCUUGGCGGGCCAGGGAGGGUAGCAGCCUAGAAGGGCCGGUCAGAGGCAAGGAGGAGGGGCGCGCCAAGCGGGCUUCUCCAGUUUUCCACGGCAGACUCCAGGGAGCAAUUGCCUCCCUCCCUCUGUGGCCAGUUGGCCCCACCGGUCCCCCGAUCCCCAUCCAGAACCCCCUUCCGAGCUGAUGCUCGAAGAGCAAGGCGCCAGGGGGCCGGGACAGGCGGACACUCUUGGCUCCCGGCCCCCCUGCUCCCCCACGCACAGCCAGCACCGGCACACGCCUUCGACCUCUCCCGUGCGUGCGCGACUCCAGCUCCUGCCUGUAGAUUUAUGCUGGGGGAAGACCCUUCUCCCCCCUCUUUUUUUGCACGCAGCGCGCUCUCCAGCCCCUCCCUGUGCCCCUCUCUGUCUUGUCUCCCGUCUGGUCAGGAACCCGUUUGCAAGUGAAGCAAUAUCUCCGUGUUUUGUAUAUACAACCGCUCUUGUAGCCUUUGGUUUUUUUGUUAUUGUAGAGAAACACAGAUUCUUUAUACACUUUGUAAGAUGGACGCCAAACCCCAGCUCUGGAUCUCUUAUUCUCCCGGUAGCCCCCGCACUGUUGCCCUGAUGCCUCGUUUCUCCCGCCCGUUACUAAAAUGUAUAAUCCGACUUCCUGUACAGAAA